UCCGACAUCUCACCGACUCUCAUGAACGGAAUUGUGGGGUCACCGCCCCCGGGCGCCAUGUAUGUUCGUGCAUUGUACGACUACGAGGCCGACGAUAGGACCAGCUUAAGCUUCCACGAAGGAGAUGUUAUUCAGGUCAUCACUCAGCUAGACAGCGGCUGGUGGGAUGGCGUAAUCAACGGAGUCCGAGGCUGGUUCCCCAGCAAUUACUGCCAGACCAUCACCAGCCCCGAUGACCUGCCCGAUCCUACCCAGUUCCCCCCCCAGUUCGACCACCUUGACGACGAUGGCGACGACGCCGACCCGUACGAUGACGGCUACGAGCAGGACGACGAUUCAGAGUUCGAUGGCCCUACCGCACUGCCUAUCGAGGGCAACGACAUGGCCGACAAGUCGCGAGCCGACUUCUGGAUCCCCCAGGCAACCCCCGACGGCCGCCUGUUUUACUACAACAUGAUGACGGGAGAGAGAAGCAUGGAGCUGCCCUUGGAGCCCCCAGUGUCAAACGAGACUGGCCCCAGGGACCGGAUGAACGUGUCUAUCCCUGAGAGGACCCGUCUACCACCGGAAAUGAUGGCCAGGGGCCUCACCCAGGACGAGGACUACGACUCGGCUACCUCGGUUUCAGAGGUAGAGGGUGGCCAUAGCAACAUCCAACCUCGUGGAUCUAUCAGCACCAUGCUUUCGCCCUCGGCAUCCAUGGACUCGAUAAACGGCAUGUCAGCUGGUGGUCGCCCCCGCCACGACACUAUCUCUACCGGCCAGCUUGCUCCCGGCCAAACGCACAACAUGGCCUCGGCUACAUCUUUUACGAGCACCACGUACAACAUCCCUACCACCACGGCCGUACCCAAAUCAUUCUUUGAUGAUGGGGCUAGCCCGCCCCUGACGUGGAGCCUUCUCGUGGGCAACAUGAAGCACGCCAUUGACCAGUACCGCGAUGCAAUCUCUAAUAGUAGGCGCUCUGAGUACGUUGCACGGGCCGAGGACAUUUCGGACCAUCUGCGCUUGCUCCUCGCUGCCGGGUCGGGCACCACCGAUAACCACUCGGGCCAACCUUCUAUCAUCUCCACCAACAAGGCUCUUUACCCUCACUUCCGAGACAUGAUGUCCAAGUUCUCCAAGCUCGUCAUCUCCUCCCACAUCGCAGCCGCAGACUGGCCGAAUGCCGAAUCAGUACAGAAAUGUCUCCAGGAGGCAGACGGCGUGCUCCUGGGUGUCUUCAGCUACGUCGAGGUUGCCAAGCAGCAGCGUGGCGAGGAUAUUCCACGCUUGUUCCCCGGCUUCGUCGUCGGAAGCAACACCGGGGGCAGCUGGCAGAACAACGGCCUCGGUCCUCGAGACCCUAUCAUCGUUAACUUCCUAGAGGAUGAGGAGGGCGUCAUGGAGCCCACCGCCAUGCUUGACGGUCAGCUUCUGGCGAGGCUGGACGAGUACAAGCGCAUGCUGGUGUCGAGUAUCCGCGAGCUCGACAAAUGCCUCGUCACCCCCGACAAGAUCAUAACCCCGCAGCGCCACGAGCUGGUUGGCAACAGCGUGUGCCUCAGUGGUGGCAGGGUUGUCGAGGCCUUCAAGUCUUGGAUCUCCAUGAUCGAGUCUAUAGAUCUCUCGUCCCUCGGCAACACCUUCCAGACCCCACAACUCGCCGACUUCAGCGUCAACAAGCAGAGCCUGUACGAUAACAUUGCCGAUCUUGUCCUCAGCUGCCAGGCCGUCGCCGGCCCGCUGGCUGACGAGUGGGCAGAAGUCCGCGGUGAGGCUCUUGAGAACCGCUUGGACUAUGUCAGGCAGUGUGCCAGGGCCCUGGAGACCAACUCGGCACACAUCGGCUUUUCCCUCCAGCUUCUCCAAGAGCAGGUGCAGAUCAAUUUGCAGAAUACGAUGCCACCGCAGAAUCAGAGGCAGCAGGUCGACUCGGGUGUCUGGGCCGACUACGUCCUUCGGACCCGCCACUUACAGAGGGGCGAGGCCAUGUCAAGCGACCGCAUACACCAGCGCUCAGACUCGAGGACUACGGACACGCGACCACCGUUGCUUACGGCACAAUCUUUCUCCGAGGGUGACCCGCCGCCGGGUGGGUUUAGGAAGGGUGAUGCGGCCAAGGUCAAGAAGAUUCUGGGCGAGGACCCGACGCCCCAGACGACUGUCGCCGCUGCCGAGGAGAUUCCCCCGUUCCUGCUCCUUGACUUCGAGCACGAGGUCUCCUGGGAGACCAAGACGUCACCUCCCACGGUCAAGGGAGGUUCCCUUCUGGGUCUCGUCGAGCAGCUAACACGUCAUGACAAGCUGGACUCGAGCUUCAACAACACGUUCCUGCUGACGUACCGAUCCUUCACCUCGGCUCGCGAGCUCUUUGAGCUUCUGGUCAAGAGAUUCGGCAUCCAGCCUCCUCCCGGUCUCAGCCAGACUGAGUUCGAGACGUGGCAGGCCCGCAAGCAGAAGUUGAUCCGGUUCCGCGUGGUGAACAUCCUCAAGAACUGGUUCGAUGGCUUCUGGAUGGAGGAUUAUAACGAAGACUCGAAGCAGAUUAUUCGUGACGUCUACAGCUUCGCCAAGGACACAGUCAAGUCGACCGAGACUCCCGGGUCGCAGCCGCUCAUGACAGUUCUGGACCAGAGGCUCAGCGGCAAGGAGGCCGGUGCGCGUAGGAUGAUCCAGACGCUCAACCAGAACACACCAUCGCCCAUCAUGCCCAAAAACAUGAAGAAGCUCAAGUUCCUUGACAUUGAUGUGACCGAAUUUGCCCGCCAGCUCACCAUCAUCGAGUCGCGCCUGUACGGUAAGAUCCGCCCCACCGAAUGCCUCAACAAGACGUGGCAGAAGAAGGUGCCCGAGGGAGAGUCGGAGCUGGCCCCCAAUGUCAAGGCCCUGAUCCUGCACUCGAACCAGAUGACCAACUGGGUCGCCGAGAUGAUUCUCGCCCAGGCGGAGGCCAGGAAGCGUGUUGUUGUAAUAAAGCACUUUGUUGCCGUUGCAGAUAAAUGCCGCGGAAUGAACAACUUCUCAACACUGACAUCCAUCAUAUCGGCGUUGGGAACGGCACCAAUCUCCCGUCUCAAGCGCACGUGGGACCAGGUUCCUCAGAGGACUCAGGCUACACUCGAAUCGAUGCGGCGCAUCAUGGCUAGCACCAAGAAUUUUGGCGAGUACAGAGAGCAGCUGCAUGCUGCUAACCCGCCGUGUGUUCCUUUCUUCGGUGUGUACUUGACCGAUCUCACCUUCAUCGAAGACGGUAUCCCCUCCAUUAUCAAAAAGACCAACCUCAUCAACUUCGCCAAGAGGGCCAAGACGGCCGAAGUCAUUCGCGACAUCCAGCAGUACCAGAAUGUCGGGUACUCGCUGCAACCCGUCCCCGAGCUGCAGGACUAUAUUCUUAGCAAUAUGCAGGCCGCUGGUGACGUUCACGAGAUGUACGACCGUAGUCUGCAGGUUGAGCCGCGCGAGCGUGAGGACGAGAAGAUUGUCAGGGUACUGGCCGAGUCUGGGUUCCUUUAA